AUGGGUAAUGCACUUUCGAUUGCCGCAGAGCAGUUUGCGCAGACACGCCCCAACCGUCUCCUCGCCAUCACCACCGCCCUCGUCACUUACCUAGCCCUCACUCGUGCGUUGCGAUAUAGACGUCGCGACCGCACUCUCCGAAACUAUGGGUAUCCUAAGCGACCCUUGAAAUCCAUGACCGUCGAGGAAGCUUCCGCCAUACGCCGAGCGUUGUCCAACCUAGAGUUCCCCCACGCAUACACUACCUCCCUAUUCUUUGCGCUUUUCAAGACAUAUGCCAUCCCUACGAUAUCCAGCGUUCUUCUCGCCACCGGCCAGUUAUCCUCCGACCAAACAGCGUCAAAGAGGGCAGCAGACACCGCCGUCAUCGUCACCGAAAUGGCCCAUAACCACCCCGCGUCGGAUCGGGCCGUGGCCAGCAUCGCCCGGAUGAACUACCUCCACAACAGGUACCGCAAGGCCGGAAAGAUCACGGACGACGACCUGCUCUACACCCUCAGCCUGUUUGCCCUCGAGCCCACGCGCUGGGGUGUCUUUUGGCGGAACGUCGGCGAGGCCAUGGAGAUUCCCUACCAAGUCCUGGAAGCCCACUACGACAGCGACGAGCGGGACGGGACGGCGUGGAUGCGCGCUAUUGAGCGGUGGAGCGACUUGUACGAGAAGCGGUGUGCCGUGCCCGAUGAAACAAACGGAAAGGUGGCUAGGGGCACGCUCGACAUCCUCCUCUUCAACAUUCCCACGGCCAUACAUGGCAUUGCCGUCCAGCUCAUCGGAUCCAUCAUUGACGCGCGGACGCGUGAUGCAAUGCUGCUUCCCCACCCGACAGACAUGCACACGAGGCUGCUGACGGGAUUCAUGGCUCUAAGACGAGCCACCAUCAAAUAUCUCCACCUCCCACGGCCCCAGUGGCUCGAGUUCGCGCGCGUCACCGACGAGCCGGACCCCGUGACGGGCAACUUCUACAUGACGCUCUACUUCUCCCAGCCCUGGUACGUCAAGCCGACGUUCUGGAGCAGGUGGGGACCCGAGGCCCUCUUUACCCGCUUGACCGGCGGCCUCGUCCCGUCGGCCGACGGGCAGUACGCGCCGCAGGGCUACAAGAUUGAGAACCUCGGACCCGUUCGGUUGGAGGGUAAAGGGGCGGAGGAGAUGGAGAAGGAGGUGCAGCGCAUUCGGGCGCAGCGCGGCGGUUGUCCCAUGGCCGGACUUUAG